GCCGGGCGGAGGACAGGCGUGCCAAGAGUGGUGCCACCCCCGCCGCGGCCAGUCAGCGCGCGAGGCUCCUAGUGACACUAGCGAGGCACUCCUUGGCACCCUUGUCUGUAGCGACUCUGACAGGCACUGCUCCUUCUGUGGUGGUGAUAGUAGUGGUGACUCAGGUGGUGAUUGGUACUGAUGAACUAAAACUAAACUCUCAUCUCACUCCCACCGUGCCACUUCGUAUUCCCGUUCUCCUUGGUGGUGGUGGUGGUGGUGACAGUGGAAACACCUCAAACACUAGUGGUGGUGACAGGUGACUGCUGCUAGUGGUGUUACAGAGGCGGUGUUGCGUCAUCUGUGUACCUGUGUAUCCUGAUAGUGUCAAGUCCAGGGGAGUAUCGCCUCAGUCAUCAAGAUGCCGAAAGCGGUCAAUGUGCGCGUCACCACCAUGGACGCGGAGCUGGAGUUUGCCAUCCAGCCCAACACGACAGGCAAACAGUUGUUCGACCAGGUGGUUAAGACCAUCGGCCUACGGGAGAUCUGGUUCUUUGGACUCCAGUAUGUUGAUUCCAAGGGCUACGUCACCUGGCUGAAGCUCAACAAGAGGGUCUUAUCUCAAGAUGUUAAGAAGGAAACUCCCCUACAGUUCAAGUUCAGAGCAAAGUUCUAUCCCGAAGAUGUGUCUGAGGAAAUAAUUCAGGACAUUACACUGCGCCUGUUCUACCUGCAAGUGAAGAAUGCCAUCCUCAGCGACGAAAUCUACUGCCCACCAGAGACAUCCGUCCUGCUGGCCUCUUACGCAGUGCAGGCCAAGUAUGGUGACCAGAGUGCCGACAUUCACAAGUCCCUGGCCAGCGACCACAGGGUGUUGCCGCAGAGGGUGAUGGACCAACACAAACUGACGCGUGAUGAGUGGGAGGAGAGAAUCAUCACCUGGUACCACGAACACAAGGGAAUGCUCAGAGAGGAUGCCAUGAUGGAAUACCUGAAGUUGGCACAAGAUUUGGAGAUGUACGGCGUUAACUACUUUGAUAUCAAAAACAAGAAGGGCACCGAGCUGUGGCUGGGCGUUGAUGCCUUGGGACUCAAUAUUUACGAAAAGGAUGACAAACUUACUCCCAAAAUUGGCUUCCCAUGGUGUGAGAUCCGAAACAUUUCCUUCAAUGACCGCAAGUUUGUCAUCAAACCCAUUGACAAGAAGGCGCCGGACUUUGUGUUCUUUGCGCCGCGCCUCCGUAUCAACAAGAGGAUCCUGGCACUGUGCAUGGGCAACCACGAGCUGUACAUGCGGCGCAGGAAGCCAGACACCAUUGAGGUGCAGCAGAUGAAGGCACAGGCCAGGGAGGAGAAGCAGGCAAAGCAGCAGGAAAGGGAGAAGUUGGCCCGGGAGAUUGCCCUGCGUGAAGAAGCUGAGAGGAAGCAGAAGGAGUAUGAGGAGCGGUUGAAGUCCAUGCAGGAGGACAUGGAGCGGCGCCAGAAGGAGCUGCUUGAUGCUCAGGAGACGAUCCGUCGUCUGGAGGAGCAACUGAAGCAGCUGCAGGCGGCCAAGGAUGAGCUGGAGUCCAAACAGACAGAGCUGCAUGACAUGAUGGUGCGUCUUGAACAGGCCAAGGAAAUGGAGGCAGAGGAGAAGCUGAAGUUAGAGGAGGAAAUCCGCUUCAAACAGGAGGAGGUGAACCGCAUCCAGGAGGAAGUGAGCAACAAGGACGAGGAGACCAAGAAGCUACAGCAAGAGGUUGAGGAAGUGCGCAGGAAGCAGGAGGAGGCCUCAGCUGCCUUGAUCGCUGCCACAACCACGCCUCAGCACCACCACGUGGCUGAACAGGAAGGGACGGAGGAGGACGAUGAUGUUCCCAAUGGGGAUAUCUCCAAGGAACUUUACACCAGUGAUGAGCCCAUUGAGGACCCCAUCGAGGAGAGGAGGACCUUGGCUGAGAGGAAUGAACGCCUACAAAACCAGCUCAAGGCCUUGAAACAUGACUUGGAAUCUACAAGGGAUUCUGAUAAGGAGACAACGAUGGACAAGAUCCACAAGGAGAACGUCCGGCAGGGGCGAGACAAAUACAAGACCUUGAGGGAAAUCCGCAAGGGCAACACAAAGCGACGAGUAGAUCAGUUUGAAAACUUGUAAGAAUGCCAUAGAAUCAACAGGUACACUUUAUACACACAUCCACACAUCACAAACACCACACAAAGGUCAUUUAUUUACUACUAUUCCUAACUCACUCCUUGCUUAAGUUAUACAAUAGUUUGCUUUAUAAUAAAUUAUAUGGUGAGGCCAUCCAAGAAGCAAUAGAUUUUUUUUUCAAACAAUCACUUCUUGUACAUUGUCAAAAUGUUUAUAAAUAUGGACUGAAAUUGUCAGUACUACUUAUAACUAAUGAGGACCAUUUGAAAUGGUGCUGUACCAUGCAAUCACUCUCCCCUGAACUUCUAAUCUUCAUAUGGCAAGCCAAUUCUUUGGUUUAAAGUAUGAAAUUUCUUGAAACAGCACAAUUAUUUGAUCCAAUUCAAUGAGCCUCUCCUUGCCUUACUUUGGUUAGUCCUGCUGAUCAAGCAAUAUACCGUGAGAAUCAAAUGUCCCGGACAAUAAAGUAAGGCCAGAAUUGUUGACUGUAAAUAUACGUUGGUUGAUGGGUAGUCUAUUUUGAAUAUUGAAAUUUGUAUUUCUACCAUCUAACUCUAGGCCGCCUUUUAGUGUUGUACAGUUUGAUACCUAUAGCAGAUCUGAUAUACAAGUUAAGGUCUGAUUUUUAUCUCAACGUCUAUCUUUACCUACUUUGUUUUGUAUGGGAAGGAGAUGCUACAUAGGAUAGUGUUCCCAUGCAGCUCUUUCUUGCAGUGUUAUGUUCUGCUCUGGAGUAUUCAGACGAGUUCUGAAAUUUAUUGUAAAAUUCAAUAAUGUGAUGAGUAUGCUCCAUCUCUUCCAGUCUCAUUUGCUAGGAACCUUGUUGCAGUAGAGAAUGUUAUUGCUUUAGGUUUAUUUUGUGGGUCAUUAAUAUAAGUAUCUUUGCAACAUAGUAAAUAUUUUGUGGAAAUUUUUUACUGAAGAGCAUUAAAAAAUCUGCUGAGAUGACCGUGCUUUCUUGCUUUAUCAAGAUUGUAUGUGCUGCCAGUGCCUAUGCCACAGCCUUCCUCUCACUGUCCUUCUGGUCUUCCUGUACAUGCUUACUUCAUCUGAAGAGUAACUUUAGGGUUUCUUCAUUAUGUAUAUACUGUGUUCUGAACACUGCUUUAUUUAUUAUCAGAAGAGUGAACUUUGUCACUGUUCCAUCGGUAUGCUACUACUGCAAACUUGAGAUUCUCAACUGAAUGAAGUUUGUAAUAAAUUUAAAGCACAACUUCUCUGUAACUGCCAUAGUACUGACCAGCAUCAGCAUUUUUGCAGUAUAGCAAUCGAAAUGUUUAAAACUGAACACCUGCAAAGUGACAAGUGUCGACAUUCUUUUUCUGGAGGUAAAGUAAGCAGUGCAGGAGGACUCACUAGAUGCGGUUCACACAGGCUGUAAUGCAAAGUCCAGCUGCAGCUUUGGUGACUGUGUCUAUUGACCCAGCCUUUGAUACGGAUAUCCAGUAUACACUGACGAGGUAAAUAUAAGUCAUUUUUGAAUAAACAAAGAUUGUA